ACCCAUCCGGUUGGCGCCGGAAGUGAUCGCUGCGAGGGAGAUGGCGGCUCUGGUGAAGGCGAAGAAGAAAGUUGUCAACCAGCAGGAGCUGCGGCGGCUGAUGAGGGAGAAGCAGCGGGCGGGCGCGAGCAGCAGAAGGAUCGAGUCUCCGCUCGCUAAAUAUAACAGUUUAGGUCAUCUUAGCUGUGUGAUUUGCAGCACUCCAGUAAAAAAUGAACUACUGUGGCAGACACACAUUCUGGGGAAGCAACAUAAAGAGAACCUGGAGAAACUAAGGAAGACGGACCAAACAACUGGACCAUCAAGAGUUAACGCAUCAACAGUUUCUGUGGUAAAGAGAAAAGGUACAGAUACAGAAACACAACCAACAAAGAAGGUCAAAGCCUACUGUGAAUCUAAAGCAGCUACAAGUACAGAGUUACCCGCUGACUUUAUCGAUCCAGUGAAUGAACUGUCUCAACAGUGUAUGCAGCAUGCUAGUCAAAAUUCAGAAGUUGUCAGUAAUGACGACGUGGAGAAAGUAGCCGAGGAAAGCGGUCGCCCUUGUCGCCCUGUGUCUCCCUUGGGAGUGGAAGUUUUACAGAAAAGCGCUACUCUUCCAGCACCUGUGCAGAACAAGAACGAAGACAUCCUUCCUGCAGACUUCUUUGAUAGCGGUCUAACACCUACUGCUGUUUCUCAUUCUGGAUCUAUCCAAAAACCAGAACAAGCAGAGAAGACUGUGGAAAGGAAAGAGAAUACUGCUGAAUCUUUGCCAGAAGGAUUCUUUGAUGAUCCAGUAAAGGAUGCAAUGGUGCGGAAGGUAGACCUACCGAAAGAUCAGAUGGAUAAAGAAUGGGAAGAAUUUCAAAAAGAAAUCAGACAGGUUAAUACGGUUUCAGAAGCAAUUGUAGCAGAAGAUGACGAAGAAGUUCGUUUAGAUAGACAAAUAGAAGAAAUUGAUGAACAAAUCAUGUGCUACAAACGUGUAGAGUAUUUAAGAGAUCGACAAGAGACUGUAAAACAACAAUUGAUGACAACUUUGAAAGACACACCAUCACAAGGUGAUGAGAAAGUUGAUACCUAUGAGGAAGAGGAACUUCAAGAGUUCCUUUCAGGUGAUUGGCGAGCAAAAGGAGCUUUGCUUUAGUACUCUUUUGCAAAAAUUACUCUAAGUAAGCAUACAACAAACCAUGAUGUAUUGCUAAGCAAGACUGACUUCUUAUGGCGCUUUCGCAUGAACUGAUAAAUAUUCAAGAACUUCAGUCAUAACCAUGGGAAUACUUUGAAAUAUUAUUUCUUUUUUAAAUUGGUAAAACUUCAGAUGUACAGUGGUUAUUACAUUAAAAUAAAUGUUUAUUUGUGUCCAGA